AUGAGAGAAUCACUCCAAGCUUUCAUCUUUUCGAUGCUCCUCCUUGGAUGCAACAUUGCUCCCGCACACGCGAGAAUACCAGCGUCCGCUUUCAGAAGUGGACGGUUGCGCUCUUACAAUGAUACGCCGAUAUACAACCCAGAUGCUGCCAAGCCUGGAUGUCCUUCUCUCACGGGGAACAUCACCGUCAAUGCCUACCAAUUGUAUCCGGAACAUGCCGACUUCGAUGAGAAUGACUGUCUAGUCUAUCUAAGCGCCCUCUACAAUAGCACUGUCGCUGUUUACGAUCCUUACAAGAAGAAAAUGGUGAAUACUAUACAGCUUCCGGGACUCUCUGGUGACCCGACACUCCACAUGAGUGGCGUUGUGGUGGAUCCUCAAGGUCUACUCUCGGUCAUCGUGGAUGCCGGCGCUGCCUUUGACACUCAAGGCCAAGAUAUUUCAGGCGACAACUUCCUGGUUAAGGUUGAUCCAAGCCGUGGUCAGGUCCUUUGGAGAAAGAACCUUACUGAAGUAACGAAUGGCGUGUACGGUGGCUACCAAGAUGCUGCUCACGACACUCGCGGCAACACCUUUGUCGUGGGCACUUUCCCGGCGAGCAUCGUGAAGGUUGGUCCCAAUGGCUCAACUGCCAUUCCUUGGUACUUGCAGCCUCAGCCCAACCAAACAGUUCCUGGCCUCUCGGGACUUGCUGUCAAAGGUGACAUACUGCUUGGUACGGAUGGCUCCGAUGGACAGCUGUACCGUUUCAACAUGACAGACGAAAUGGGACACAAAAUUCAUGUUCCGCUGAGGGGCAGGAAUGCGACUAGGAUCGGUAAUAGCUUGGAUGGAAUCCUUCUGCCAAAGCAAUUCAAUGGCACCGUAUUGUUGGUCUCUGACACUACGGAUGGAACCAUUGUGCUCCGUUCAGCUGAUGGACUGUGGACAAGUGCAGAGAUGGUGGGAACAGUUCCCAACCUGUAUGCAUCUCAGAACGGAUUUUCAGUGGACAACGUGGAGAUUGGCGGCAGCUUGUACUCGGUCACUGAGUUCUUCCUUGAUGAAAAAGUUCCGGGGACUCUGGCAGGAAACCGAACGCAGUUUCCCUUGGUUGAUAUCACACAGCAGGUGCUAAGAUUGCUAAAGUAG